AUGGACAAGUGGAAUCAAACUGUGCUGAGUGAAUUCAUCCUCAUGGGAAUCACAGACCUGCGUGAGCUGCAGGCUCCCUUCUUUGGGCUGUUCCUCAGCAUCUAUGCCAUAUCGGUAGUGAGCAACUUGGGCAUGAUCAUCCUCACCAAGGUGGACUCAGGUCUGCAGACACCCAUGUACUUCUUUCUCAGACACCUGGCUUUCAUUGAUCUUGGUUAUUCAACAGCGGUGGGACCCAAAAUGUUGGUAAACUUUGUAGCUGAUCGAAAUACAAUCUCGUAUCAUUGGUGUGCUAUACAGCUGACUUUCUUCAUCUUGUUCAUCAUCAGUGAACUUUUCAUUCUGUCGGCAAUGGCCUAUGACCGCUACGUGGCCAUCUGUCACCCUCUGCGCUACACAGCAGUUAUGUCACAAAGAGUCUGCUGGGUGCUGGUAGCAGUCCCCUAUCUUUACAGUGUCUUUCCUUCUCUGAUAACCACCAUAAAGAUAUUCAUUUCGUCCUUCUGUGGCUAUAACAUCAUCCGUCAUUUCUACUGUGACAGUCUCCCCUUGUUAGCUUUGCUGUGCUCAAGCACACUGGAAAUCGAGCUGUUCAUACAGAUCUGUUCAGUGUUUAAUUUGGUUUCAUCUCUUCUGAUCGUGCUUGUAUCCUACAUAUUGAUCCUUAAGGCCAUCCUCAGGAUGAAUACCGCCCAGGGCAGGCACAAGGCUUUCUCCACCUGUGGAUCUCACCUGACAGUGGUCAUUGUAUUAUAUGCAACUCUAUCCUUUAUGUACAUGCAGCCCAAGUCCAGCCACUCCUUUGACACUGAUAAAAUGGCCUCUGUGUUUUACACGUUGGUAAUCCCCAUGCUGAAUCCCAUGAUCUACAGCUUGAGGAACAAAGAAGUAAAAGGUGCUUUGCGCAGGAUAUGGAAAAAUCUGCACAAACACCCAAUACGAAACUAA